AUGGCUGUGGCAUCACGAAUAAUUGCGCCUACCAUCAGUACUUAUGGUACAACGAAUACCUGUGGUACCACGAAUCGCUAUGGUACCACUGCGUGCAGUCAUGAUGUCCCGGGUAGUGUGUGGUGCCACGAAUUAUUACGGUAUCACGAAUGUGGUUUCACGAAUAACUGUAGUACCAUGAAUAAUUGUGUUACACGAUUAACUGUGAUGCUUCGAGUAGUUGCGGUAAUGCAAAUAGCUGUUUUAUCGCGAAUAACAGCGAUGCCAAGAAAAACUGCGAUAUCACGAAUGGUUUUGGUACCUUGA